GUACGGUCCACUUUGGGAAAGGGGGGGCAGGAGGAGCAGAGAGCCGAGCCGAACCAAGCUGAGCCGAUGCAGGCUGGAGGAGCGCCGUGGCUCUGAACCCCAAGGCUGGAUUAUUAUUCCUUCGGUUCCAGAUUAUUACGGUCCGGACCCCCCCUCCCCCCCCAGGUUGGAGCUCCGCAGCAGCAGGAGGAGAGGCGCGUGGCUCUUUGGAUUUAAAUACCUGAUUGGACUUUUCUGCGCGUGCUCGUGCAGACAUGAACUCCUGAAGACGAGUCUCCAUCAGACCUGCAGUCAGCUCUUCACUCCUCCAUCCCUCCUCCUCUCUUCACCAUGCCCCCCUCCUCUCUUUCCUCUCCUCUUCCUCUCCUUCCUCUUCUCUCCUUCCUCCUCUUGGUGCCGGCUCUUCCCACCCCUCCCUCCUCGGAGUCCCGCAGGGCGGACUACAAGCCCCCUGACACUUCCUUCACCCACCUGACGGUCCACCAGAGGACGGGCGAGGUGUUUGUCGGCGCCGUCAACCGGGUCAUCAAGCUGUCCCCCGACCUGGUGGAGCAGAAGAGUCACGUGACCGGACCGGUGGAAGACAACGCCAAGUGUUACCCGCCCCCCAGCGUCAGGGCGUGCGCUCACCGGCUGGACUAUACAGACAAUGUGAACAAGCUCUUACUGGUGGAUUAUACUGGGGACAGACUGGUGGCGUGCGGCUCCAUCUGGCAGGGGGUCUGCCAGUUCCUCAGGCUGGACGACCUCUUCAAGCUGGGAGAACCUCACCACCGGAAGGAGCACUACCUGUCUGGAGCCAAGGAGCCUGAUGGGAUGGCAGGUGUGGUGGUCGGAGAGGAAGACUGGACGUCCGAGUCCCGCAGGAAGAAGCCGCUGAAAGGCAGCAGCCGCCUGUUCAUCGGCGCCGCCAUCAACGGGAAGUCGGAGUACUUCCCCACCCUGUCCAGCAGGAAGCUGGUGGCCGACGAGGAGAGCGACCACAUGUUCCUGCUGGUUUACCAGGACGAGUUUGUGUCCUCGCAGAUCAAGAUCCCGUCGGACACGCUGUCCACGUACCCGGCCUUUGACAUCUACUACGUGUACGGCUUCUCCAGCCGCACCUACGUCUACUUCCUGACGCUGCAGCUGGACACGCAGCUGACCCAGAUGGACGCCGGCGGUGAGAAGUUCUUCACCUCCAAGAUCGUCAGGAUCUGCUCCAACGACACAGAGUUCUACUCCUACGUGGAGUUUCCUCUGGGCUGCACCAAAGACGGCGUGGAGUACCGCCUGGUCCAGGCCGCCUACAAGCAGAAACCGGGCCGGCGGCUGGCCCAGGCGCUCGGCCUGUCCGAGGACGACGACAUCCUGUUUGUGGUCUUCUCACAGGGUCAGAAGAACCGCUCCAACCCGCCCAGAGAGACGGUCCUUUGUCUCUUCACCCUGCAUGACAUCAACCUGGCAAUGAAGGAACGGAUCCGGUCCUGUUACCGUGGAGAGGGACAACUCACGUUACCAUGGUUACUCAACAAAGAGAUUAACUGCAUCCACACGCCGAAGCAGAUUGGAGACGAUUUCUGCGGCCAGGUGCUGAACCAGCCGCUGGGAGGCCUGAGGGUGAUCGAGGGACACCCGCUGUACGAGGACCGCACCGAGGGGAUGGGCGCCGUGGCGGCCUACACCUACGGAGAACACACUGUGGUGUUUGUGGGAACCAGGAGCGGACAGCUGACCAAGAUCCGUGUGGAUGGGAUCCCGCCGCCGGCCCAGAAUGCCUUGCUGUACGAGACGGUGACAGUGGUGGAGGGGAAGCCGAUCCUGAGGGACAUGGUGUUCAGUCCGGACCAUCAGUACAUCUACCUGCUGAGCGAAAGACAGGUGAGCAAGCUGCCGGUGGAGAGCUGCGAACAGCACAGCAGCUGCUCCGCCUGUCUGGGAUCAGGAGACCCUCACUGCGGAUGGUGCGUCCUCUUCAACAAGUGUUCCAGGAAGGAAUCCUGUGACCGGUGGGAGGAGCCUCAGCACUUCAACACCCGGCUGGACCAAUGCGUGGACAUCUCUGUCACCCCGAGCAACAUGUCCGUCACCUCGCCUGCCACUCAGCUGACCAUCAGGGUGCAGAACGUCCCGGAGCUGUCAGGCGGGGUCACUUGCGUGUUCGAGGACCUGACGGAGACGCCUGGACAGGUGCAGGGCAAAGGUCAGGUGGUGUGCAUGUCGCCGUCGCUGAAGGACCUCCCGGCGCACAGCCCUCCCUACGGAGAGAAGAGGGAGGUGCAGCUCAGCCUUCGCUCCACAGAGACCGGACUGCAGUUCAUCUCCACCAGCGUGGUCUACUACAACUGCUCCGUCCUCAGCUCGUGCACCUCCUGCGUCAGCAGCACCUUCCCGUGUCACUGGUGUAAAUACCGUCACAUCUGCACCAACAACCUGCAGGACUGCUCCUUCCAGGAGGGACGGGUCAGCGGCAUGGAGGGCUGUCCUCAGAUCCUCCCCACCGCCGACAUCCUCGUCCCCGCCGGGAUGGUCCGUCCAAUCACGCUGCGAGCUCGGAACCUCCCACAGCCUCAAUCGGGUCAGAAGAACUAUGAGUGUGUGUUCAACAUCCAGGGGAGGGUGCAACGCAUCCCUGCCGUGCGCUUCAACUCCUCCUGCAUCCAGUGUCAGAACACCACGUAUACGUAUGAUGGAGACGAGGCCGGAGAUCUGCAGGUGGACUUCUCCAUCGUCUGGGACGGAGACUUCCUCAUCGACAAACCUGCCUACAUGAAAGUGUCGCUCUAUAAGUGUGAAGCUCAGCGCUCCAGCUGCGGUCAGUGCCUCAAAGCGCCCUCUGUCUUUGAAUGCGGGUGGUGUGUGGAGAGCAGGAAGUGCCUCCUGCGGCAGCACUGUCCGUCCGCCGAGCAGAACUGGAUGCAUCAUGGCCGCCACAACGUGCGCUGCAGCCAUCCGCGCAUCACUAUGAUCGACCCGCUAACUGGACCGCGGGAGGGCGGGACCCGGGUGACCAUCGAGGGCGAGAACUUGGGUCUGCAGGUGAAGGAGAUCACUCACAUCCAGGUGGCCGGCGUCCGCUGUAACCCGGUCCCAUCGCUCUACAUCAGCGCCGAGAGGAUCGUCUGCGACAUGGCGGAAGCGCUCCUCCCCCACUCCCCCGGCGGACCCGUGGAGCUGUGCAUCGGCGUUUGCAGCGCCGAGUACCGGACUCUGUCUACCCAGACCUACUCCUUCGUGAGCCCAGGUUUUACCCGGAUCCGUCCGCUGAAGGGGCCCGUUUCUGGAGGAACCAGGCUGACAGUUAUCGGUCGACACCUGGAUUCCGGCAGCGGAGUCACCGUCUACAUCCACAAGGAGGAGUGUCUGUUUGUGAAACGCACGAAUCGGGAGAUAGUCUGCAUAACUCCCGCCUCCUUGUCUGGCACCGGCCCCGCCCCUGUGCGUCUGAUGAUCGACAGGGCCGAGGUGACCAACUCUGAUGUGGGUUACAUCUACACCGACGACCCGACCAUCUCCAGCAUCGAGCCGAACUGGACCAUCCUGAAUGGCAGCACAGUGAUAACCGUCACAGGAACCCACCUUCAAACCAUCCAAGAGCCCAAAGUUCGAGCCAAAUAUGGAGGAGUGGAGACCAACAACUACUGUACGGUGGUCAAUGACAGCACCAUGACAUGCUUGGCUCCUGGUCUGAUCUACAACAAACCCAACCCACCAGAGGAGGCGCUGCGGCCCGACGAGUUCGGCUUCAUCUUUGACCAGGUUUCUUCUCUGCUUGUCCUCAACUCCACCCCUUUCACCCACUACCCGAACCCCACCUUCGAUCCGCUCGGAACAUCUGGGAUCCUUGAGGUGAAGCCGGGCUCUCCCAUCAUCCUGAAGGGUAAAAACCUGAUCCCUCCAGCUCCCGGAAACAACCGCCUGAACUACACGGUUCUGAUUGGAGAUUCUCCUUGUCUGCUGACCGUCUCUGAGAACCAGCUGCUGUGUGAUUCUCCUGAUCUGACAGGAGAACACCGGGUUGUGAUCCAGGUUGGGGGUCUGGAGUACUAUCCCGGUAUGCUCCACAUUUACUCCGAUAAUACCCUGACUUUGCCCGCCAUCAUCGGGAUCGGGGCCGGCGGAGGCAUCCUGCUCAUCGCCAUCAUCGCCGUACUGAUCGCUUAUAAGAGGAAAACCAGAGACGCUGACAGGACGCUGAAACGCCUGCAGCUGCAGAUGGACAACUUGGAAAGCAGGGUGGCGCUAGAGUGCAAAGAGGCUUUCGCAGAGCUGCAGACUGACAUCCAAGAGCUGACCAAUGACAUGGACGGAGUAAAGAUUCCUUUCCUGGAGUAUCGCACCUACACCAUGAGAGUCAUGUUUCCGGGGAUAGAGGAGCACCCUGUCCUCAAAGAGCUGGAUUCUCCUGCUAACGUGGAGAAAGCUCUUCGUCUCUUCAGCCAGCUGCUGAACAACAAGAUGUUCCUGCUCACCUUCAUCCACACCCUGGAAGCUCAGAGGUCGUUCUCCAUGAGGGACCGAGGGAACGUAGCCUCGCUGCUGAUGGCCGCUCUGCAGGGGCGGAUGGAGUAUGCCACCGUGGUGCUGAAGCAGCUGCUGGCCGAUCUGAUCGAGAAGAACCUGGAGAACAGGAACCAUCCUAAGCUACUGCUGCGGAGAACCGAGUCUGUCGCUGAGAAGAUGCUGACCAACUGGUUCACCUUCCUGCUCCAUCGGUUCCUGAAGGAGUGUGCCGGGGAGCCUCUCUUCAUGCUGUACUGCGCCAUCAAGCAGCAGAUGGAGAAAGGUCCGAUCGACGCCAUCACAGGAGAGGCUCGCUACUCUCUGAGCGAAGACAAACUCAUCCGCCAGCAGAUCGACUACAAGCAGCUGACGCUGAUGUGCAUCCCCCCGGAGGGCGAAGCCGGAACCGAGGUUCCGGUGAAGGUUCUGAACUGUGACACGGUGACUCAGGUGAAAGACAAACUCCUGGACGCCGUCUACAAAGGCAUCCCGUUCUCUCAGAGACCGCAGGCCGACGACAUGGACCUCGAGUGGCGACAGGGCCGCCUGACCCGGAUCAUCCUGCAGGACGAGGACGUGACCACGAAGAUCGAGAGCGACUGGAAGAGGCUGAACACGCUGGCUCACUACCAGGUAACAGAUGGCUCGCUGGUGGCGCUGGUCCAGAAGCAGGUUUCUGCCUACAACAUCGCCAACUCCUUCACCUUCACCAGAUCCCUGAGCAGAUACGAGUCUUUACUGCGGACGUCCAGCAGUCCAGACAGCCUGAGGUCCAGAGCUCCAAUGAUCACCCCGGACCAGGAGACAGGGACUAAACUGUGGCACCUGGUCAAGAACCAUGAGCACAGCGACCAGAGGGAGGGAGACCGGGGAAGCAAGAUGGUCUCUGAGAUCUACCUGACCAGACUGUUGGCCACCAAGGGGACGCUGCAGAAGUUCGUGGAUGACCUUUUUGAGACGGUGUUCAGCACAGCCCAUCGCGGCUCUGCUCUCCCACUGGCCAUUAAAUACAUGUUUGACUUCCUGGACGAGCAGGCCGACAAGCGGGCCAUCACCGACCCAGACGUCCGGCACACCUGGAAAAGCAACUGCCUUCCUCUCAGGUUCUGGGUGAACGUCAUUAAGAAUCCUCAGUUCGUGUUCGACAUCCAUAAGAGCAGCAUCACGGACGCCUGCCUGUCGGUGGUGGCACAGACCUUCAUGGACUCCUGCUCCACUUCUGAACAUCGACUCGGCAAAGACUCGCCGUCCAACAAGCUGCUCUACGCUAAAGACAUCCCCAACUACAAGAGCUGGGUGGAGAGGUACUACAGGGACAUCUCGAAGAUGCCCAGCAUCAGCGAUCAGGACAUGGACGCCUACCUGGUGGAGCAGUCCCGUCUCCAUGGCAACGAGUUCAACACCCUGAGCGCGCUCAAUGAGCUCUACUUCUACAUCAACAAAUACAAGGAAGAGAUUCUGACGGCGUUGGAUCGGGACGGAUACUGCCGGAAACACAAGCUGAGGCAUAAACUGGAGCAAGCCAUCAACCUGAUGUCUGGCAGCAGCUGAGACCAGGACAUGGAUCCACGGGGCGGGGGGGUGGGGGUUCUCUGAACUGUCAGAACCAAACGGGUCCGAGUCAAACGGGUCGGACAGCAACAGCUUCAACAUCACCAGCGAUCAAUCCGUCAUUAAUUAUUGAUCAGAAGAUGGAUUGAUUGGCUGAUGGGCUCGUUGGGACCCAGUGGAUCAGAACAUUUCCUGGGAUUAACGGAUUCUGGAAAAACUGGACCGAACCUGCUGAGGACUGAACUCAGUUUGCCCAACGAGAAUGAACAGUGGAUCCCAUUCUGGAUCAGGACCCGGUCCCAUGGUUAAAGAAGGUUCUCCUCACAGGUCGGACCGACCCGGACCUCACUGAUCCUCACCGCUGACCCGCCCAGCUCCAUCUGGACCUGUUAGGAAAUCAGGGUCCGCUCAUGAAGGAAAGCGUUUGGUUUGGACGAGCCGACCCGGAGCCGAAUUCAUCUCUUGGAUCUGAUCGGAUCAAGCCGAGCCGGGUCAGGAGUUUUCAUCCGGACAAUCAGUUUUCCCACAGCACACUGAGCCCAACGCGUCCUGACCGACCACUUCCUGUUCCUGAGCCUCCCGUUUGACCCCGCCCCCUGCCUCCUCAUUGGUCAGUCUGCUGGCCAGGAGGAUGUACUGCCUGACCAAUGAAGACUGUGGAAGUCACCGCUGUGACAGAAACUGAAUACAUUCCAGCACAGGUACGCCGCCAACCUUUCAGAACCACAUUUUUCCAGGCCAGAACCGCCUGCGGACCACGCCGCGGUCUGACCCGCCUGCCCGAUCACAGCCAUGCUGCACGGCGCCGUGCUAACCCUCCCCGACAGGGGAAAUACUGUGCAGAGCUACAAGCCCAGUGCCAUGGAAAGUCGGGACCAGAUCUCCCUCAGGACUGGACUGGACUCGGACCAAAUCCAGAUCCAGAACAAAGAGAAUGGAGGCUAAACUGGACCAGACUCCAAGAACUCUUAAGACUUGUGGCCAUAAUUGUAAACAGGAAAAAAAAGGAAAGAAAAUGAAGCUAAAAA